AAGCAAAAUGUAAACAAGGUCUGUCAUUGGUUGAAAAUGAGGAUGCCACGGCGGCACUUCUACCGGGCUUUCAAUGGGGCGAAUGGGGCGCUACCCUCGCGUUUUGCCCUUGGAUAUCAAUUUCAUCAGGGCACUUAUUUGGAACUUGAUUUGAACAGUUCCGAAGCAACAAAUCGGCAAGAAAUUUUUCAUUUCGUGCAGAGAGUAUAUCAAACGCAGCUUGGGCAAUAUUCGUUGUUCUACAUUGACUCCAACGGCUCAAACUUUGUCAUUCCCUGCGGCACGGUGGUUGGAUCAUUUAACUACGUAAUGCAACGAUUUAGAGGCCAAUCGACCAUGAACCUAUACAUCUGGGAUCGACCUGAUGCAUCUUUACACAAGUUUAAACUUCAGGAGCAACUAAAACGAGAAGUAAUGUAUAAAGAUGAACCAAGCUCUAUUUGAGAUGUCCAAGAUGAUGCAUUUAGACUGUACUAGCUUGCUAUUAAUUCAAUAAAACAUGAGACAAUGUUCAUGAGCGGAAAUACAUACGUUUUCCUGGCA